CCACUGAUUACAACUAUCGACAUGACAUUCUACAAUUUGCCUAUUCUACGUACUUUUAUAUCUAGGGAUAUUUUUGUUUGCAACAUGACAAUUCUCUAGACACGAAUCCCUAGAUUGGUACUAGCAUAUGAAUGGGGGCAUUAACCCAAUUUCGCGGCGGUGAAACGUCAGUCAAGGUCAGUGACCCGUAUUCGUGGAGAGAGAAAGAGAGAGAACGUCACCUGGCAGUAUUAAUUCGUGUUUGACGUUCCUCGUCCGAUGUGGUAGAUUCUUUCCUGUGUUUUUAUAAGUGAAACAAUCAUAUAACAAUGUCUCUUCGUGCAGAACAUGAGCAAAAUUUUGAAUUCGUAUUAAAAAGUCUUUUUGCCGGUGGUAUUGCUGGUAUGUGUUCAAAAACUGCAGUUGCUCCACUAGAUAGAAUAAAAAUAUUGCUACAGGCCCAUAACAAACACUACAAGCAUCUGGGAGUUUUUUCAGGACUGCAGGAAAUUAUUAGAAAAGAAACUAUUUUAGCUUUAUAUAAAGGAAAUGGUGCACAAAUGGUCAGAAUUUUUCCAUAUGCAGCCACGCAAUUCACUUCUUUUGAAUUCUAUAAAAAGUAUUUAGGUAAUCUUCUAGGAAAUCAUACACAUAUUGACAAAUUUUUUGCUGGUUCUGCUGCUGGCGUCACAGCUGUAACUUUAACUUAUCCAUUGGAUACAAUACGUGCUCGUUUGGCUUUUCAAAUAUCCGGUGAACAUAUAUACACUGGUAUCGUACACACCGCAUCUAGUAUAUUCCGUGAGGAAGGAGGACUGAAGGCCUUGUAUCGAGGAUUCUGGCCAACCAUCUUAGGCAUGGUACCUUACGCAGGCUUUUCAUUUUAUACAUUUGAAAAGCUUAAGUUUCUCUGUAUGCGGUAUGCUCCAGAAUAUUUGUGCAACAAGUGCAAUAGAAAUACUGGUGGUUUAGUGCUAACUUUACCAGCAAAACUGAUAUGCGGUGCUUUUGCUGGUGCAGUUGCGCAGAGUUUCUCAUAUCCAAUGGACGUUACGCGAAGACGUAUGCAACUAGCUAUGAUGAAUCCAGAGACUUACAAAUAUGGGUCUGGUAUGUUCGCCACGAUGAGAAUAAUCUAUCAUGAAAAUGGUAUCGUGAAGGGUCUCUAUCGUGGUAUGAGCAUUAAUUACUUACGCGCCAUUCCAAUGGUAUCAGUAAGUUUCACAACUUAUGAAGUUAUGAAACAAUUAUUGAACUUAGACACCGGAGCUAAACUUUAACAGUGAUUAAACUAUUUAUUAAUUUAAUCGACUUCUAGGUUGCCUUUUGAGGUAAAAAAGACUUAAACAAAAAUAGUAAAACCUAAUUGUAGACAGUAAAAGAUACAAUUAUGUACUCAGGAUAUCCUGUAAUUUUGUGACACGUAAAUUUGUAAAUCAUUGUGUCUGUUUAAAAUGAUUAGUAUCUGUUACGUAACACUAAACAGCGUUUUACGCAAGCACUGAAAUGAACAAAAAAUAAUUCUCUAGAACAGGAAUGACUGCAAAACUUAAAAAAAAAGAAUAAACAGUGAUUUUUUAUCAUUUUAUUAUUCUUUAAUGAACGAUAUGUUCAAAUGAAUAAUACGCAGGAUAUUAUAUUACUAAUGGCGGAAUGUAAUAUAUGUUUGAACCAACAAUGAUAGCAAUGUAAAAAAAUGAAACUACUUUUUUUUUUAUAGUUCUGUAAUUAUUGAAAUAAUCUAGGUAGAGUUGACUAUAUAUCGUUAAGGUACAAGAGAAAUGAAACUAAGAAAUUUGAAGAAACAAUAGUCAAUUCGGAAUAAUUAUAGACAAUUAUAAAAUUGUCAUAUAUCAUAAUUUUACAAGACUGCAAAAAAUACGUAGAUAUCCUUCAAUUCCAUUUCCAAGAUAAAUUUUACUUUUGUCAUUCCGAAAGACAUUAGAAGGAAAAGAAGACGGGUGCUAAGACAAUAACUAAUGCACACACAAAAGCAGACAAAUAAUAAAGAGACAUUCAACAAACGGAAGCACAAAAACUGAAACAAGACAAUUUAAUAGUGUUCUACCGUUUGCUAAUUUUCGUAAAAGAUUAAGUUAUAUUAAUUCCAAAUAAGAUAAUCAUUGUAACAGCGUGUAUCUUCACAAUCAUUGUAAAUCUCCGAAGACAACAUGAUAUAAAACACAUAUGCGUGCAGGUGUACAUACAAUGUGGAAUCAAACGUCUGAAUGUAAUUAGUUUGUUUUUUAUUGGAGAUUGUAAAGUCGACGACGUAUUGGUAAAGAAACGAUAAAAAGAUGAAAAUGAAAGGAAGCGUACUCGAAAAGUACCUAAUUAUUAAAUAAAUAUUUUUUUACUUAA